AUGACAAAGUUUCUGUACGAUCUUCAGAGUGAAGCUCCUCCUCCUUAUAACUCAGUGACUCCACCCACAGAGCCCCCACCACCAUAUGGACUCAUCGGAGCACCACAGACCCCCCCAAACGUAGCAUAUUACAUCAGCCAACCUCAGGCUCCACCCCCUGUGGCUGCUGCUCCAAUCACAACAGCUCCUUCCCGCAGUGGACAGGUCUACGAACGAAACAAAAAGGCUUGUUGCUAUGGGGGUUCAGGAAUCUUUGUCCUUGUAUUGGCUGUCCUUGCCCUUGCUAUUUGGUUAGGAGUGCGUUAUGGCCCCUCUCUUCUGGCUGGUUCAGAGGCGAAACCUGAGCCGGACACGUGCCCCUCCACGACGGUCCAAUGCGACGGCCGGAAAGACUGCUUGCGAGGCAGUGACGAGAGUCGGUGUGUGCGCUUUGGAGAUGGAAAUCAGUUACAAGUCACAACCUCAAAGACCAACAACAACUACAUGCCGGUCUGCUCACAGGGCUGGGAUAAAACACUGGCUGACCAAACGUGCUCCCAACUGGGCUUCAGAAGGAGUUACACAACGGGAACUAUGAAAUCUGAUUCAGCCUCAUUUCUCAGUGUGACUAACCAAACUGCAAACUACAUCCAGGGAAAAGUCAGCACGAGUUCUUGCCCAGGCCAACAGACGGUGACUCUGCAAUGCAACAACUGUGGCCUGUCAGAAUCUUCUAGAAUCAUAGGAGGUGAGAUUUCAGCACAGGGCCAGUGGCCCUGGCAGGUCAGCCUGCACUUUGUCGGAUCACACACCUGUGGAGGCUCGUUGGUGGCAGAGGACUUUGUGGUGACGGCAGCACACUGCUUCCCUGAAGAGACGGACGGCGCUCGGAAUCCCAGUUACUGGAGAGUCUACAUUGGAAUGGUGUCCCAGUACAACCUUCCCCUUCCAUAUUACAUAUCGAAGAUCAUCCUAAACGAGAAUUACAACUCGGACACAAGCAACUACGACAUUGCUCUUCUCAAACUGACUGAGCCUGCUCUCCUGUCUGCGAACGUUAGACCAGUGUGUUUCCCAGCGUUCGAUCAGAACUUCGCUCCAGGAACACAGUGCUGGACAUCUGGAUUUGGGACCACCGAGGAUGGAGCAGCUCAGAGCUCCCAUUACCUGUACGACGUGUCUGUAAACAUCAUAUCCUCAGACGUCUGUAAUGGUUAUCAAGUCUACGGAGGUCGUGUCUCAGAGAACAUGCUGUGUGCUGGUGAUCUCCAAGGUGGAAAAGACUCCUGUCAGGGAGACAGCGGGGGUCCUCUGAUGUGUAAGGGGAGCGAUGGCCGCUGGUAUCUGGCUGGAGUGACGAGUUGGGGUACUGGUUGUGGGCAAAGAAAUAAGCCAGGAGUCUACAGUAAUGUUCAGCGCCUCCUUCCCUGGGUGUACAGCAAAAUGCAGCUCUUCUGA